UUUUUUUUUUUUGAGAGGUUUCAUAAAAAAAAAUAUAUAUAUAUAAAUAUAUACACAUAUUUACAUAUUUUUAUAUAUAAACUUCGAUCCCUUUCCUUCUUUUUUAUUUUUACUCUUUUACUUUCCUUUGAAUACGCAGGUCGUUUUUCAGUUUUAAAUCUUUCAUUAUGCAAACUCGUCUUAUUCCUGUAUUUAUCGCACUCAUUGCACUUUUAAUUACCUUGGUUACAGCAGCACCUGUCGACACUUUAGAGAAGCGAAAAAGUGGCAAGGUAUAUGAAGGUACUGCUACCUGGUAUAAACCUGAAACUGAAGGUGGAACUAAAGGUGCCUGUAAUGGAAAAAAAAUUAGCUCCAAAGAUUAUAUCGUUGCUCUCAAUCAUAAGCAAUAUGGUAACAUGGAUAAGAACUCUGCUUGGUGCGGCAAAAAAAUUUCAAUCACUGGUCCUAGAGGUACUACUACAGCCACUAUUCAAGACGCUUGUCCUGGAUGUGGAUAUGGUGAUCUCGAUUUAACUCCAGCUGUCUUUGAGGAAGUCGCUGGUGGUUUAAAGAAGGGCGUUGCUAAAAUCUCAUGGAAAUUGGCUUAAAAGGAAAUAAUCAGAUCAAGCUAACAUCUUCUUCCACUAAGAAAAUUACAAUCCGACAAAGCAAGUAACAAAAUUGACUUUGCACUUUUUUUUCUCUUUAUAUUCAUAUACAUGUAUAACUUCAUACCAUUCUCAUUUAAAUUAUAAAUAAAGUUUUUUUUUUUUUU